AUGCUUCCGCCAUCGUCGUCGGCCACAGUCAGCACUUUCGACUCCGAACGUGUUAAUUCCGCGUCAAUGGAGGAUGGGUUUGGGUUUCGGGGUAGUGGCAGCGGGGGUGACGCCGAUGGCGGGGAGGACGAACCGAGUCCAGCGUCCGGUGGGUUUCAACUUGAACGGGGAGCAGAGCCGGGGAUAAUAAUGCUUGGUGACACGGUUACAAGCCUGCUGAGCUCCAACAUGUCCUUCCGCUCCCUUAAUCCCUGUUCCUUUUCUCAGGAGGAUUUAAUUCUUCUGCAGCACGUGGCGAAGCAUGGGACUCGCAACUGGGGGUCGCUUCAGAUCGGCGGUUUGCUGCCGAUUCGCGAUCAGAAGGCCUGCUGCAACCGAUUUAUCCUUUUGAAAAAGCGUUGCAUCAAGGACAAGCGCAGUCUGUCGCAGCUGCUGCAGCGCGCUAAGGACGCCGUUAUUCAUGACGCAGCCAGGAAUGUCAACGCAGCCGCAGCUGGAGCCGCCGGUUCUUCGUUUGUUGCCGGAGCCGCGCAAGCGUCGUCCUUCCACCAUGCGUCUUCGGGAUCGCCGCAUACCGCGGGUGGUUUCGCUGGAUCGUCUUCAGCCCUUCACGCUGCUGCCGCGGCGCUAAACCCCCUUGAGGCUCUUACUUCGCCCAGCAUCGGCAUUAACAGCCAAUCACGGGUCUCCUUCAAAGGGGGUGGCGUCCUGGAUGAGGCGCAACUGGCGUGGCUGAAGCAGGCGCACAUAGAGGCUCAGCGGUUCACGCUCUCCCAGGUGCACGCGAGCAAAGGGGAAGAGCAGGGGCACGGGUUGCAAGGCGGACAGCAGCGAGGGCAGCAGGGGGGACAGCAGGGAGGGGGUAAUAAUGGUGAAGACGCGGGAAGGGGAGAGCAGGGUGCAGGUCAUCAAAGAAGUGAGUGUGCAAACGAUGGGAGGGGGGACGUCGCACAGCAGGAGUCGGACCUGCAAGGCGUGGAUGCUCACAAACGGCAGCAGUUGCAACAGCAACAGCAGCAGCAGCAGCAGCAGCAACAGCAGCAGAGUGCGAGCAUGUCCAUGCAGCUAGCCAACCUGAGGUCGCAGGUGGGACUUCAGCCCGGGUCGCUGCUCGCCCAAGCACUCAAGCUCUCCCACCAGCCUUCCUUCGCAGCCGUCUCCAAUCUCCCCUUCUUCUCUAAUUUCCGCUCUGCCACCGCCCCUCACUCCUCCGCGCACCCCACCGAGCCCCAUGCAUCAUCGCCCCACACAGCUACCCUGUCAUCUACCAGCACUGUAGCUGCUGCUGCCGCUGCUGCACCUGCAGGUGCUACAGUGUCAGCUCCCAAUUCAUCAAGCCCUGCCUGGAGCGAGCCCGCGUUCCCCACUGUGCAGUCUGGGGAGGUAACUGACCGCUUCUCUUCCUUCAGCGAUUCGCAGUUCGCCUCUGCUGCUGAAAUCGGUGCCACUUCGUCCGCGACUGCUGCAGGCAUGAUGUCAGCUGCUGCAUCGGCAGGCCUCGAUGCCGGUUGUGGUGGUGCUGUUGUUGGUGGUGGUAGCAAUUUAGGGAGUAGAACUGUUGGUGGUGGGUUAAGCAAUGCAUUGCCUGGGGGCAAUGACAGUGGGAGGGAGGGUGGUUCGUUCACCACUGUACUUCGGAUGUCCUCAGCUGCCUUCCAGCACCAGCAACAGCAGCAGAUGCUGCUGCGACAGCAGUGGAGUGGGCAAGCGGGUGGGGGCCAAGAGAGUGGGGCAGCCAGUGCAGAGCCUUCCGUGCAUGUGUGGAGGCCAAAGGAAGACACGGCCUGGUUCCAGCAGCUGGGGCAGUCAGGAGUUCUUGCGAAGCUUGCUGGAGGCAUGGACGGGGAGGGCGGGGAGGCGGAAAAGUCAACAGCAGCACCCGCUGCAGGAGGGGGGUCAGGAGCAGGAGCAGAAAAUCAAGGGUCUGAACGGGGAGGAGGAAUGCUAUUGCUGGCAGAGCCUACGUCUGCCAAUGCAAGCAGACAUGACACCCCGAGAGAGCAUCAGCAGGAGAAGCUUCAGUUUGACGGCAAAAGGCAUGACCAGCCUGUCGAUGCAAGCAACCCCCCUCCAUUGCAGGAGCCGCAGCAGCAGCAGAAUGAGGCGCGUGAUGGGACUCAUCAAUUGGGCCAACAGGCUUCCAUGCUGGGGUUGCAGCAUUCCCGCAGGCCUGAUGCAAUCUUGGAUGCCCUCACAUCGGGGUCGCAGUCAUGGGUGGGUCAGGCGGGGCGCUGGGUGGACGAGCAUCAAAUGCAGUGGAGGAUGCAGAAGGCAGGGGGAAAUGCAGCGACGGGUGUGGGAAUGGAUCAGGCGGAGCAAGCUGCCGCACAUGCGGAUCAUUUGGCAGAGGCGGAGAUUCUUCGAGCAUUGCACGCAGAGAUGGAGUCUUUGAGCGCUCUAAUGGAUUCCUCAUCGGCACCGGCCACGGUAUUGUUUCAGGACGAUGAGGAGGAAGAGACUCCUGAGACAGAAGAGGUUGAAGAUGACAAAAACGAAGGCAAAGGCGACAAGCCCGUAGAAGGAACUGCUGAAGAGGGCGAGAUUGAAGAGGAGGAAGAGACAGAGGAAGAGCAGCCCUCAGCCUUCGGUACCUGGAAUCUCGGCAGUCUGCUACAAACAAUCGCCACCAAAUCAGAGGAGGUGUUGCGGGAGUACAAGCAGGAGCUGCAGGAGUUCGGCGAGGGGCUCAAGAAGGAGACGGAGGAGCUCGUGGAAACCACCGCCACCACCGUCAGCGACCUGCCUUCCUCACUCGAGUCCGGGGCGCAAGCGGCUCAGAGUUCGCUGGAGGGCGUGGGCCACACAAUCGAGGAGUUCGGCUCGUCGUUAUGGAAAGGCACGACGGAGAUUCUGGCAUCAGUGAAGGAGGCGGUGGCGAUGGUGGAGGAGGAGGUGGCUGCCAACGCUGCCGGCGCCCGCCCCCGCGCGCCCUCGGCUGCUGCUGGACUCGCCUCCGCCAUCCCCAGAGGCAAGUACAGCCGCUAUGAAGCCCUGGUGAGUGCCAUGCAGAGGGACAGCAGCACGUACUGUGACGAGCCGGAGGACACAGAGGACUUUGCCAAGUGGGUCGAAUCAUUCGACCUCAAAAACAGAGAGGCGGACGUGGAGGCAGUGCUCAAGGACAACGCGUUCAUGCAGGAGCUGCAGUCACGCAUUGUGCCGUUGAUCGUGGAGCGCGAGACCUUCUGGACGCGCUACUUCUACCGCCUCUACCGCCUGCAACAGGCCGAGGACGCCCGCGCCGACCUCGUCAAGAGAGCGACGACAUCGGAGGAGGAGGACCUGAGCUGGGAUGUGGACGAUGAUGCAGACGACGCCCAGAGCAGCCCUGCUGCUGCUACUGCUGCUACUGCUUCUGCCCACCACGGCACCGCGGGUAAAAGCGAUGCUGCUGGUGCAGAUGCUGCUGCUGGAGCGACCGCAACUGAUGAUGCUGGUGCUCCUGCUGAUGGCAAUGGCAAUGCCCCUGCUGACGCCUCCCCUUCUGAGAAUCCUGAGGAGGCAACGGCUAUGGUCCCAGCGGAAGAAGAAUCAGAUGCGGGGACAGUGAGUGAGGCAACGAGGAGUGACGAAGCGAAAGAUGCAGGAGCAGGGGAGGGCGAGAAGGAGAGGGACGCAUCGAGUCAAGCAGCGACAUCACCGCAACCAGGGAAAGUGCCGCUAUCAGAGGUGAAGGUGCCCCGUCUUGAGGAUGCCGGGCUCGAAGACUCAGCGUUGCCCUUUUCUGACAUCCAGGCUGCGUUUGAGAUUGCAGCCGGAGCGAGGCCAAGGGAACCUAGUAACCGCAGCAGCAGCAGUGACAGCUCGGCAGGCAGCGAGUGGCAAGUGGUGUCUAAAGAUGAUGCUUCUAAAGAGGACGGAUUGAAGGCAUCCCAACUCUCUGCUCCUGCUCCUACAACAGCAGCUGACCCUGCUGCUGCUGCUCCUGGUUCUGAUAUGUCAGAACCUGCAGCUCUGGGCCCCCAGCCUGCUGCCGAACCUACAGUUGCCAGCGACUCAAAUGCAACAAGUGCGGAGGGCGAAGGGGGGAAGGGUGACGAAAACGAUAAAAAGAACGAGGCAGAGGAGAGGGAAGGGAAGGGCAAGAAGGAAGGUGGAGAUGGAGACGAGGAUGAGGUAAGACAUGGAUCAGCCGUCUUUGCAAAACUUGCAUCGAGAAGUGGGGUCGAUAAUGGGCACGAUGGUGCAUCAUAUGGUUGGAUUGGGGCGAAUGGGAUCGCAAGAGCCGUCUCUUCUACCAUGGCUGAUACGCGUCAAGUAGGAUCGCUCUGGACUCCGGAGGAAGAUGUAAUUCUUCUGCAGCACGUGGCUCGCUACGGCACCAAGCAUUGGGGCUCGCUUCAAUCCAGCUCAACGCUACCCCACCGCGAUCAGAAGGCGUGUUGUAACCGUUUUAUUCUCCUGAAGAGGAAAUUCUUUCAGGCUCGAGCCAAGGGUCAGAAUCUUCAGACCAUCUUUCCCUACAUCAAUGUCAACUCUCAGCCUUCAAGCCCGUCGGCAGCGGUGGCGUCGUCGAUGCUUCACGCUCCCGCAUCCCCCACUUCCACGGAAGUCGCGCUUCGCGUGAACGUUUCGUCUCGCGUCAUCACCAAGCGCGCCGCAGCGCCUUCCCUUUCAAAGCCUGCAAUCCUUCAGUCCGCUCUCGCCACUGUUCAAGAAAAAGACGCAUAUGGCGGCGGUUCUGUCUGGAUGCCAAACCUCGUCGACGCGCAGCGCUCUCCCGCUGUUUCAGAUCCCUCGUCUCCUCUCAGCGCCUCCCACGGCCGUCCGUCUUUGCAGCAGGAGCAGCAGCAGCAGCAAUUACAGCAGCUGCUCGUCACUAUUGGCCAAUCAGCGAACGCCGUGAGCCAAGCCGCGAUGCAGUUCGUUAACGCCGCGUCGUCCGUCAACCCUAGUACUCCAUUUUCUGCCAAUCACGUGAGCCAGCAGCAGCCUCAGUCCCCGACUUCCCCCGCGGGCCGGCAGAGCGCAGCGGACGCGGUGGUAAACAUGAUUCUGCGCAAACUCGCUGGCGACGCGUCUUCCUUCGCGAAGCAUCCAGUCGCGAGCGCAGCAAGCCCCGCGUCGUCCAAAUCGGACGUCUCCGUCGAGCCCGCCUCCGCGGCUACUCCCUUCGCUCCCCUGCACGACGCCUCGUCCCGCCCCUCGUCCGCCGCACCUCGCCGUCCGCCUCUCCUCUCCGCGCCGCAGCGCGGGCCGGCCGCCGUCGUGCCGUCCGCCGCGACGUCCGCCGGGUCGUUCCCUGCGGACUCCGGCGCUAGUCUGCAGCAGCAGGUGGUGCCGGGAUGGGAGGGCGAGACGCAGAGCGACGACGACAUGCUGCUGGCGUACCUGUACGCGCGGGGCCACGCGCAGGGCCACGCGCAAUCCACGGCGCCAGAGGGGCAUAAGAAGGAGACAAGGGCGGAGUGCGCUGCGGUGGAGGUUGAGAAGCAGCAGGAGCAGCAGGUGCAGCAGGUGGCGAGGCAGGAGGAGGCUAAGCAGGAGGCGAUGGCAUCAGACGCCGCGGACAUGUCGUUGCUGCUGCAGCUGCACGAGGAGGUGAUGGCCCUCGAGAAGCUCGUUGCUGCUGGCGCGUCCGCUGCGACCGCUGCUACUGCUGCGCCUAGCACCACCCCCGCCGCAGCUUCUACGUCAGCCUUGGCGCCUCUCCCGCCGCGCGCGUCGAACGCGUCGUUUUCCAGCGCUGCUGCGUCCGGUGCAAGUGUUGCUCUCGACAGGAGCGCCUCCCAGCGCCCUGACGCGGUUCUGGAGCAGGUGUCGAGCGCGCCGGGGCGCAUGCUGUUUGGGUUCAGCCCGGUUUACGAUCUCAUGGCGCCUGGCGCCUCUUGGGAUGCCCAUGCUGCUGCUGGUGAUGAGGCUGGAUGGGAUCUCAAGGAGAUGGUUGAUGUGUCAGCGUUCAACCUGGAUGCGUCUGCUACCUUCCUGGCGUGA